AUGGCGGCGCUGAGCAGCGGCGGCGGUGGCAGCGGUGGCGGCGGCGGCGGCGGCGGUGGCGGUGGCGGUGGCGGCGGCGGCGGCGGCGGCGGCGGCGAGCAGGGCCAGGCUCUGUUCAACGGAGACAUGGAGCCCGAGGCCGGCGCCGGCGCCUCGGCCUCUUCGGCUGCGGAGCCUGCCAUUCCCGAGGAGGUGUGGAAUAUCAAACAAAUGAUUAAGUUGACACAGGAACAUAUAGAGGCUCUACUGGACAAAUUUGGAGGGGAACAUAAUCCACCAUCAAUAUACUUAGAGGCCUAUGAAGAAUACACCAGCAAGCUAGAUGCCCUCCAACAAAGAGAACAGCAGUUAUUGGAGUCCCUGGGGAAUGGAACUGAUUUUUCUGUUUCUAGCUCUGCAUCAAUGGACACCGUCACAUCCUCUUCCUCUUCUAGCCUUUCAGUGCUGCCUUCAUCUCUUUCAGUUUUUCAAAACCCUACAGAUGUAUCACGGAGCAACCCCAAGUCGCCACAGAAACCAAUCGUUAGAGUCUUCCUGCCCAACAAACAGAGGACAGUGGUACCUGCAAGAUGUGGAGUCACAGUCCGGGACAGUCUAAAGAAAGCGCUGAUGAUGAGAGGGCUUAUCCCGGAGUGCUGUGCUGUGUACAGAAUUCAGGAUGGGGAGAAGAAACCAAUUGGCUGGGAUACUGAUAUCUCCUGGCUUACUGGAGAGGAGUUGCAUGUAGAAGUGUUGGAGAAUGUUCCACUCACAACUCACAACUUUGUACGGAAAACUUUUUUCACCUUAGCAUUUUGUGACUUUUGUCGAAAGCUGCUUUUCCAGGGUUUCCGCUGUCAAACGUGUGGUUAUAAAUUUCACCAACGUUGUAGUACAGAGGUUCCACUGAUGUGUGUUAAUUAUGACCAACUUGAUUUGCUGUUUGUCUCCAAGUUCUUUGAACAUCACCCAAUACCACAACAGGAGGAGGCCUCCUUAGCAGAGACUGCCCUUACAUCUGGAUCUUCCCCUUCUGCACCCCCCUCAGACUCUCUUGGGCCCCAAAUUCUCACCAGUCCAUCUCCUUCAAAAUCCAUUCCAAUUCCACAGCCCUUCCGACCAGCAGAUGAGGAUCAUCGAAAUCAGUUUGGGCAGCGAGACCGGUCCUCCUCAGCCCCCAAUGUGCAUAUAAACACAAUAGAGCCUGUCAAUAUUGAUGAAAAAUUCCCAGAAGUGGAAUUACAGGAUCAAAGGGAUUUGAUUAGAGACCAAGGGUUUCGUGGUGACGGAGCCCCCUUGAACCAGCUGAUGCGCUGUCUUCGGAAAUACCAAUCCCGGACUCCCAGUCCCCUCCUUCAUUCUGUCCCCAGUGAAAUAGUGUUUGAUUUUGAGCCUGGCCCAGUGUUCAGAGGGUCAACCACAGGUUUGUCUGCUACCCCACCUGCCUCAUUACCUGGCUCACUCACUAAUGUGAAAGCCUUACAGAAAUCUCCAGGACCUCAGAGAGAAAGGAAAUCAUCUUCAUCCUCGGAAGACAGAAAUCGAAUGAAAACACUUGGUAGACGAGAUUCAAGUGAUGAUUGGGAGAUUCCUGAUGGACAGAUUACAGUGGGACAGAGAAUUGGAUCUGGGUCAUUUGGAACCGUCUACAAGGGAAAGUGGCAUGGUGAUGUGGCAGUGAAAAUGUUGAAUGUGACAGCACCCACCCCUCAGCAGUUACAGGCCUUCAAAAAUGAAGUAGGAGUACUCAGGAAAACACGACAUGUGAAUAUCCUACUCUUCAUGGGCUAUUCCACGAAGCCACAGUUGGCUAUUGUUACCCAAUGGUGUGAGGGUUCCAGCUUAUAUCACCAUCUCCACAUCAUUGAGACCAAAUUUGAGAUGAUCAAGCUCAUAGAUAUUGCACGGCAGACUGCACAGGGCAUGGAUUACUUACACGCCAAGUCAAUCAUCCACAGAGACCUCAAGAGUAAUAAUAUAUUUCUUCAUGAAGACCUCACGGUAAAAAUAGGUGAUUUUGGUCUAGCCACAGUGAAAUCUCGAUGGAGUGGGUCCCAUCAGUUUGAGCAGUUGUCUGGAUCCAUUCUGUGGAUGGCACCAGAAGUAAUCAGAAUGCAAGAUAAAAAUCCAUAUAGCUUUCAGUCGGAUGUGUAUGCAUUUGGGAUUGUUCUGUAUGAAUUAAUGACUGGCCAGUUACCUUAUUCAAACAUCAACAACAGGGACCAGAUAAUUUUUAUGGUGGGACGAGGAUACCUAUCUCCAGAUCUCAGUAAGGUUCGGAGUAACUGUCCAAAAGCCAUGAAGAGAUUAAUGGCAGAGUGCCUCAAAAAGAAAAGAGAUGAGAGACCCCUCUUUCCCCAAAUUCUUGCCUCUAUUGAGCUGCUGGCCCGCUCAUUGCCAAAAAUUCACCGCAGUGCAUCAGAACCCUCUUUGAAUCGGGCUGGUUUCCAAACAGAGGAUUUUAGUCUGUAUGCUUGUGCUUCUCCAAAAACACCCAUCCAGGCAGGGGGAUAUGGAGAAUUUGCAGCCUUCAAGUAGCCACUCCAUCAUGGCAGCAUCCACUCUUAUUUCUUAAGUCUUGUGUUUGUACAAUUUGUUAACAUCAAAACACAGUUCUGUUCCUCAAAUCUUUUUUAAAGAUACAAACUUCAAUGCAUAAGCUCGUGUGGAACAGAAUGGAAUUUCCUAUUCAACAAAAGAGGGAAGAAUGUUUUAGGAACCAGAAUUCUCUGCUGCCAGUGUUUCUUCUUCAACCCAAAUACCACGUGCAUACAAGUCUGCCCACUCCCAGGAAGAAAGAGGAGAGACCCUGAAUUCUGACCUUUUGAUGGUCAGGCAUGAUGGGAAGAAACUGCUGCUACAGCUUGGGAAAGUCUGCCCGUCAACUUUGCCCUUCUAACCACCAGAUCGGUUGUGGCUGGUCAUGUGACGGGGCGAUUUCAAUCACCAAGCAUCAUUCUCUUUCCUGUUCUGGGGAUCUUGUAGUGGAGCUCUUUCCCCUACCCACCACUUGUUAAUUUCUGAGGGAUGGAACAAAAUGCAGCAUACCUUUCCCCUGUGCCGUGUGUUUAGUCCUCGACAAGGUUUAUCACAGAGAAGCUCCUUAAAUGGAGGCUGAGAGGCCAGGAGGAGCUGCACUGGGGACCGAGAAAAAGGGAGUGCUGCGUCUUCUUCCUGACCUCGGGCUCUCUCGCCUCCGGUUGCCUUGCUCACUGGGCUCUGCCUAACCACGCGGCUGGACAGUGCUGGCACACAGCGCCUUCUUUUCUCAUUGGGUCCAGCAAUGGAGGUGAGGGCUGGGGACUUGUUUCCUCCACAUGUAGCAAAUUCUCAGGAAAAUACAGUCCAUAUCUUCCUCUAAGCUCUUCCAGUCACCAAGUUCUUACAUGGCUACUUUGUCCAAGGCACAAAAUGCCAUGGACAUUAUCUGAUUAAGGCCUACAAAACUGCUUACUGACAGUUUUGAAUGUGAGAAAUUUAAUGUAAUUUAAAUGCAAGGUACAGGUUUUAAUUUCUGAUUCCUUCUAUUUUUAUUAAAAAUGAAAAUUUUCAGGUUUAAUUGGAAUAAAUUAAGACUUCCCAUCAGAAUUAUGUAUCCUGAAAAUUUUAUUUUUGUUAUGUAAAAAACUUUUAGAGAACAAUUAUUAUCCUUUUCUCUACCUAAAUAUGAGAAGUCUUAGCAUAAAGACGGUUAUUUAUAAUUUUAAAUGAAUGGUACUUGCUGGAUCCACACUAACAUCUUUGCUAAUAAUCUCAUUGUUUCUUCCGACUUAUUCCUACACUACAUCCUACAUCCUCUUUCUAGUCUUUUAUCUAGAAUAUGCAACCUAAAAUAAAUAUGGUGGUGUCUCCAUUCACUCUCUUUCUUUCUUUUUCCCCAAGCCUGGUCUUCAAAAGGUUGGGUAAAUUUGGCAGCUGGGUUCUCCAGGUAGGAGACAGAGAACUAUUAAGGGUCUUAGACUUCAGGAGUGUGUGAGAGGCCUGUCACCAGUUGUUCUUGUAGAAUGGCCUACUGUGGGGUUGAAACCCUAAAUCUUAUCUUUGCACAAGUGAAAAAUAUAGUCUAGUCAUAUUUUUCCUUGGCCUUUACGAAAGAGUAAUAUAAGUCACCAUUGUAGCCAAGAGAGAUUGGAUAUAUUAAUAGAAAACGCCUCCCUUAUCAAAAGUCUAGAAUCACUUUCCAAAAUUUAGAAAUGCAACUCAAAUGAGAUGUACUUAGGCAGCUAAGCUGUAGUCAAGACCCUGAAAUAAUGCUGGGAAUUAAAAAUUGUUUUAAAAUUUCAUAUUAUAACUCUAGGUCCAUAUUUUAGCCUAGUCACUACCAUUAAAUAAUUUUGUUAAGAUACCUAUUGUCAGAGAAAAACCUACCAAAAAUUUUAUGGACUUAGGAAAGAUGGUCUCAGUAAAGUGGAAAAUACAUGUAUUUGACAGUUUGAGCAGCAGCAUGUUUUUAAGUCUUACAUGAGCAGAGCAGUGUCUUUAAAUUUUUGAAAAUUCAAAAGAUGGAAAUGAAUCGUGCUGAUCAGAAAAGCAGCCUCUGCCUGGUGUGCCUCUUUUGGAAGCCAUUAGUAUUCUUUCGAUGCUCCUUCUCAUGGCUGUGUCUCCUUUACCGAACGGGGCUUCGGUCUUGAAUUCUGGCUGGUCAUGCCUGGGACAGGGCUGCCUCAGUGCUGGUGGACCGGCCCGCCACCCUUCGGGAGAAAGCUUGGUUUGAGUUGUACUGCAAGGUGACAGACCUCUUCCUUCCUUUCACUUUAUUAGAGGUUGCGCUCUGGUUUGAAAAAGGAAAGAAAGCAAACGUAAGAAAUGAAGCUGUGCCCAGAAACUCAGCUCAGGGUAUUGAGAAUUGUUGUUUUUUUUUUAAUAGAGAAUUUAAAAAGUAGAAAUCCAUGUUUGAGUCUCCCUUAUUUUCUAUCAAAGUUUUUCCCUAGUUUACAAAGGACAUGAAAAGGGGUUCCUUUGUGCUUUAUUUUUUUGAUGCUUAGGCCGCAGAUGAUCUUGUUGAGCUCCUUGUGCGUGCUGAGUGUCGUGGAGAUAGUGAGAGGCUGUGGCUGUCUGUCCAUGCAGUGGCUGCAGCGCCUGCUGCAGAGUGCUUUGUUUUUGUUAGUGAGACUGAAGUCUUCUGAAAGAUUUGAGAGCAACUAUGAAGAAUUGUUUUUAAAUAUGCAAUAUUCCUGAUGGACUUCUUUCAUCAUUUAACUAUUGUCUAGAACCCAAACUUAAACUUUCACCACUGAAAUAAUUUUGACCAAAAAAGGUAGUUUAUAGAAGGAACUUGUGAGUAGAGAAUCCAGUGUGGUCAUUUGUAUUUAGGUGCACCAUGAAAGAAGAUUCUCUGAAACUCAGAUUCUGGCUGCUGUACAUCCCGUUCCUUGUAUUUGAAAGCUGGUAGGACAUGAGGAGACAGUCCAUGGAAGUGUUCUACUCAGCUCGUGUCUGAGAGGAAGGCGUUCUGCAGGGCGUAGGUCAAGACUUCGCACUGUCCACCAGAACGCUUGUACAUACUUCCUCCUCCUCGGUGCAGUCCCGCUUGUCACAUGAUGUUCUUGUAUUCAGCAGGCACCCAGAGCUGUGCGUGGCCCUCUUCAGAUCUCACCUGUCCCUGUCACACACACCCCUUCCAGCCACUUGCAAACCUCAGCAUCUGAGUUUGAAAUGCAGUGCAGGGUUCAGGCGACCGCUUCAAAAACCCCCUCCUCGGAAUGAGGCAGUGAAUAGUUACUUGUUUUAAACUAUGAAAAGUCAGCAGCUCUCGAACAUGAAGGUGGUGUAAGAUUGUCGCUUCCGCAUGUGCUUGUGUUUGUCCUGAAGGGCGUGAUGCGUCUAAGCAGUGAUCCGUAAGAAGGAAGGAGAACAACAUGUGGCCCACAGGUUCCGAAUGUUGCUGAGGUAGUGGCAGGGCCUGCUCGGGACACCUCAGGGUCUUAACCCGAAGUCAGCUGCAGCUGCGAGACAUCAAGUCGUUGCGGCAUCACUUCUCUACCCAUGAUACACUCCUCUUCUCAGUAUUAGCAAAACAGAGCAUCUUCAUAACGAGUUAGCCACAGCUUUGUCACAUGCACAGAUCUCAUACACAAAGACUGCCCAGCUUAGGUGGUAUAGGGUGUCCUUUUGUAAGAAUCUCUCCUUUGUUCGAAUUGGCAUUGUUAGUGCUCAAAUAGCAGCACCCUGAGACCAGCAGAUGUGAGCUGUGAAGCUAUAAAGAAAACCACAGCCAGAGAUGGAAGGGUCACUGUGAGGAUAAAGAGCAAGUAGCUUACCAUUAUACAGUGAAAUGGUAACAAUGUGGGCGAGGCCCUAGGAAAAUACCUUGACAUUUGCCAAAUGAUCUUACUGUGCCUUCAUGAUGCAAUAAAAAAAAGCUAAAAUUUUAGCAGAAAUCAGUGAUUUAUGAAGAGAACAGCCACUCUGGUUUAACUCAGCUACGUUCAUAUUUUUUAGAGUGCAAUUUAGACUGCAAAGAUAAAUGCACUAAAGAGUUUAUAGCCAAAAUCAUGUUUAAAAAAUGAGAAAACCGGUGAAUUUUCAGUGAACAAAAUUAUUUUUUUAAAGCACAUAGUCCCUAGUAUAGUCAGAAGUACUUAUCACAUAGAGCAACUAGGUUGGAAAUAUAGUUCAGUGACAUUUCUAGAGAAACUUUUUCUAUUCCCAUAGGUUCUUCAAAGCAUGGAACUUUUAUACAAUAAAAAUGUUUGACAAUUUAAGAUACUGCUGUAGUUUAGUUUUGAAGUACUGUAUGCUGGGCAGCAAUUGGGUAUUAACUUAGUGAGAAAGGAGAAAUCCACAUCGAGGUGGGAUUUGAUUUGAUCGGUUUCCAGAGAACGGCUGCCAACCUAGUCGUCCCGUGCUCCCGUGCGGAGCGCGAGCCUGCCCUCGGGGCUUGCGGGCAAUGCUGCCAAUGCUGCUGUGGUGCGCGGUGAGGGCCCAGGCCGGCUCUGGAGGCGUCCUUUGUGAGGGGCAUUGGGAUGUGAAUGAACUGGACAUUCACUGGUGUAGUUCUGUUUCUUCCCUCGCCACCCCUGAGAAGGUCAAUGCACUGUCCCAUUAGCAGUUUCACUGAGAUGAUUCCUGAUGCCAGAGAAAGGUAGUGUGUCUCUGCCUACAGAGGCAAUGACUUGUAGAUGGCCGGAAGAGAGAGAAGUGGUCAGUGUGUUCAUGUCCGUGUUGCUAGCUCUGGGAAAGUUGAAAAUGCUGGUGAGAUGUUUGGCGUUACCAGUGUACUAGACAGUGAACCUUGUUUUACUAUUUUCAAAUAACUUACUUUCACUUCUAGUUGAGCAAAUAUAUUUAAAUUAAAAUUCAGUCCUAAUUUUUGCCAAUUGUAGAAAAGAAUUGGUUUGGUUUGUUUUUUGAGAGGAGUUGUUUGUUUUGUUUUUGCUGGGGAUUGAGGCCAGGGCCUUGCAUAUGCUAAGCAAGAGCUCUACCACUAAGCCACAUCCCCAGUCCAUAAAAUCUUAAGAGAAAGGUUUUAAAAAACUCCUAUACGCACACAGUCACCACCUCAAUAAAGUGAUAAAAACAGAUCCUGUAUUUUGCACUCCACAACUUCAAUUGUUCAGUUUUUGUUACUAAAUUACUUUCACUAAAAUGUUUACUUUACUUAGCUGUUUUGACUAAUUGCUAUGAUAUAACCAGUUGUGCAUGAGGACAGCAGCUAAUGUGUCUUUUGUGGUGUAUUUUUUAAAUAAAGAAUUCUGUAGAUUGAUAUACUCUGAAAAUAGAGAGCUGAAAUAUAUUUAUUCAUGGUAGUUUCAAAAAGGAUGUUUUGUGCAAAUCAUUUGCUUUUCCUGGCAGCUGGUUCCCAUCUGCAGUGUGAGUGUGCAAGGGAGACAGACGGUCAGGAAACACGAAUAGGCAAUAGGCGCAGCAGAGGAACAGUCCGAACAGGGUGGAGUGGGCCGGAAGUUUCUUGGUCCCAUUUUGCCUUGAAAAUUACUCUUGUUUUUGUGUUCAGCCUUUUGAAUGCUCAUGCUUUUGGACGGGGGUGGGUUACACAGGAAGAAACUGCAGACUACUCAUAACAGACCCAGACUACGGCACAAAUGGAAGAAAAUGAACCAAAAUGAGUGGAAUGGCAGUUAAAUCACAAAUUAGCAAAAAGCUAAUGUAAGGGUAGGAAAUUUACUAUCAUUACCUGUAAUACAAUGUAAGAGUGCAAUAAGAGUGCUUUUUAUUCAAAGCUGUGAACGGUGUUGUUAAAUCAUUCCUUCUUAAUACAUUUGUGUGUUCAUAGCUGAUUAAAACCAGCUAUUUAAAUGUAUGCCUUUUUAUUCAUGUUAAUUACCAAUAUAAGUGGCUAACCUUUUUGUCUUAUUUAUCUUCAUGUUAUUUAGUUUACAUACCAGGUGUGUGAGUAGGGGGAUGUGUGUGUUCAUUUGAAAACAUUUUUCAGUAGGUCCUGUGUCCUUUUACACCACAUGGUCUCACUUUGGUUUGUCCUCCAUGAUUUCUCCUGAUUUGAGGGACUGUGUCCCAGAAAUAACACUUGUGGUAUUCCCUUUGGUUGGGUGUACAUCAUCUGAUCUUUCCCACUCAGCACUUGCUGUAAGUUAAGACUGUACACCUGACCAGGUAUUGACUUGCUCAUCAACAUGUCUCUGAAUUCUGCUCAGUAGCCGUGAUUGCUCUUUGGCUUAGCCGAAGGAAAAGGAAAUGCCCUUUUUCACGUUCGUCUUGGUCUGAGGACAAGUCGCCUGUGCGGGAGAGGAAAGGGAAACGCGUCGCGCCUGAACUGCAGUGGAUAUGGCUCCUGUUUCACCCCCCCAGACCUUACGGCGACUCGCAUACACAUUCCUCGUCUGUAACUGCCAAAGGUUCGGGUUUAUGUCACUUCAGUUCCACUCAAGCACUGAAAAGGUUCUCAUAGAGUCUGGGGUGUUCCCAGUGAAAAGAUGGGGACUUUUUCAUUGUCCACAGACCUCUCUAUACCUGCUUUGCAAAAAUUAUAAUGGAGUAACUAUUUUUAAAGCUUAUUUUUCAAUUCAUAAGAAAAAAAAGACAUUUAUUUUCAGUCAAAUGGAUGAUGUCUCUUCUUACCCCUUCCUCCUCACUGUUUGCUUGACUUUCGUCUUCUUCCCUGUACCUACUUCCUGAUACUUUGGUUCUCUUUCCUGCUCAGGUCCCUUCAUUUGUACUUUGGAGUUUUUCUCAUGUAAAUUUGUAUAAUGGAAAAUAUUGUUCAGUUUGGAUAGAAAGCAUGGAGAAUUAAAUAAAAAAGAUAGCUGAAAAUCAGAUUGAAGAAAUUUAUUUCUGUGUAAAGUUAUUUAAAAACUCUGUAUUAUAUAAAAGGCAAAAAAAAGUUCUAUGUACUUGAUGUGAAUAUGCGAAUUCUGCUAUAAUAAAGAUUGACUGCAUGGAGAA